CCGGUGGCCAAGCUACCCCGCAUUUGGAGGACCAGGGGAGUACCCCGCACGGUCUUGCUCUUUCCUGACUAUGUCUAAGUCUAGUAGCAAGAUUGGCGGAGAGUAUGGCGAAGUCAGGGCUACGAUUGACGUGAAUAAACUGAACGCCUAUCUCAAAGAUAAAGUGCCACGCGUCAAGGCGCCAGUUGAUGUCAAACAGUUCAAGUUUGGGCAGUCCAAUCCCACGUAUUUCUUGACCGAUGCGAGUAACACUCGUUGGGUCCUUCGGAAGAAGCCAGCAGGACAGCUGCUAUCGACUACUGCCCACCAGAUCGAGAGGGAAUACACUAUUCUUAACGCAAUCCACCGGCACAAUGUCAAGUCAUCUACACCAUCGGAACAGAACGUUCCUGUUCCAGAACCUAUAAUUCUGUGCGAAGACAAGGAGAUCAUUGGAACACCAUUCUAUAUUAUGGAGUUCUUGGACGGUCGGAUAUUUACCAAUCCUAGAAUGCCAGAGAUACCCGAGAACGAUAGGCGAGAAUGCUGGCUAUCGGCUGUGCGCGCUCUGGCGGCUCUGUCUUCGUUAGUGCCCCAGGAGCUGGGACUAUCCAACUUUGCCCCUAUGACUCCCUAUUUUCCCCGUCAGAUAAAAUCCUUGAGCCGUGUCUCCCAAGUACAAUCGGAGGCCGCCGACGUCGAGACGGGGAUACCGACCGGAAAGAUCCCCAAGUUUGAUGAAAUGAUCGCAUGGUACCGCUCACAUCUGCCGGACGAGAGUAAAACGGGGUCGCGGAUAGUUCACGGAGACUAUAAAAUCGACAACAUGAUCUUCCAUCCGACUGAGAACCGCGUUAUUGGGAUUCUUGACUGGGAACUAUGCACCCUCGGUAGUCCGCUCGCGGACCUUGCCAAUUUGACUCAGCCGUGGUCGGUCGACCCCAGUCAGAUCCCAGAGGAAUACCGAGUUAGCCUACUCCGAGGGUUCAAGAACCAGACGGAUGAUAUCCCUAUCGACUUGGAGACGCUGGAGCGAGAGUAUUGUCGCCUUACCCACCAACCGUACCCUAUCACCGAGAUGGUAUUCGCUAGGAGCUGGAUGCUCUUCCGGUUGUCCGUAAUCUCUCAAGGGAUCGCAGCCCGCUAUGCUCGUCGGCAAGCUAGCUCGGAACAAGCAUUUCUUCACGUUAAGUUGUUCCCCAUUGUCGGCGAGCUCGCCAUCAGAGUCUUGGAAGAUGCUGGGCAUGUGCUUGAGUUGAAGUCCAAACUCUGACAUUUCGAUAGCGUACUAAUAAGUUAUCGAGAUAGAGUGUCUAUUAACGAGCGACAGUGCGUUGGCAAUAUAUGUAUAGCAAGUCCGAUAUGGAAUGAAACGAGAAUCUCAUCUAGAGUUUCGCG